AUGAGGUUCUCAUCUCUAGUCCCACUUCUCGGCUCAUUCCUCUUGAGCACCGCUGCUCUUGCUGCACCAUCCCAACUCGACAGCCGCUCGGCCCUCGAACCUCGAUGGGACAAUGGCAAGCCCGCCUACCAGCUCAGCCAGUAUGAUUCUGAGCUCUUCGACUAUUCGAUGACUAUUGGUGAUCUCGAGUGGAAUGAGGACAUCGGCUGGAUAGGAGUCUACGAUGUUCGCUUCACGUCGUGGUACAUUGUCGGUCUCAUGCAUCGAGGUGGUCCCGGAGAUGUUGCAAGGGCACACCGAGCUACUCGUAACGUCAUCUCGGCCCAAUUCGUCAAUGAUACCUUCUCCGAGCCCUGGCACGGCACUUACAAGGUCGCAGCGAACUCUCCUGACCCAGCCACAUCAUGGAAACCUCUCAUCUACAACACCUACGACCCCAACUGGAGCUUCUUCAUUGGCGUCACGUUCAUGCAGCUCGUCGAGGAGUUCGAAUCCAAGCUUGAGCCAGCGCUCGUAGAAGCCAUCGUCAAGAGCUGUUACCGGGCCAGUAGGGGUCUGAUGGCUCGAGUGGGGUACAACGGAGACAACUUGGUCACAGCUUACACGAACCCUGCUCUUGGUAGAGCUAUACUCGUCAGCUGGACCGGGGAUCGAUUGUUCGACCAGAAUCUCACUCGUGCUGGGGAGAUGUAUGCUCAAGAAGUGUACGAUCUCUUUACGGCGGAGGGAUACAACACCUUUGCGGAAUACAAUGCUUUGACGUACUACGGCGAGGACAUUGCACUGCUUGCUCAGUGGAUCCGUCACGCUCCUCCAGGUUCAUCCCUUCCCGGAAAGGCAAAGUUCAUGCUGGCGAAACUGUGGGAGGAUAUCGCCGAUCUGUACAACUACAACCUUAAAAACAUCGUCGGUCCCUAUGACCGAGCUGCACACCGCAACAUGCUCGUGGACAACAGCAUCACCUCUCUUUGGUUCUGGCAACUCUUGGGUCGUCAGAAAGCGGCGGUCGCUCCCAAAGGCGCAGGAAGCACGCUGUACGAUGCUCAUCAAGGUGCAAGCUUCGCCCUGCUCGGCUCAACUGUCCGCUCGGUCGUCAGCCAGGAUGUCAUCAACAAGUUCACCACCCCUCGAACUGGCGACUACCUUACAAAGAGGUUCGUGCGGGACUCGAUUGACAACCAGACCACUCGGACGGACACGAUGUGGAUCAGUCCUAACGUCAUGGUGGGCGGGCAAGAGCUGGCCGAGGAGGUCGUCCGAGGAGGGCAGUUUGUGCCCCUGAUCGCUCACUGGAAGGCUGCGGAAUCCGCAACUCCCGAGCGGCCCCAAGUCGCCUUCUUCCAGCUGUACCCCACAGCCACCACCAUCAACGCCACCGUCACCAAGAAUCACGUUCGCAUCACGUACCCCAAUACCACUCAGGCUGGCACCGACAGGAUGCAAUUCUACAUUGUUGGGAUCCCGGCAGAGUACAACAACGCUGGCAAAGUGAUGAAUGGGUUUGACAACCUACCUUGUCUCAACGUCACGGUCAACCAUCCUGGCAUGAACGUAACCAUCGGGAGAUACGCAGAGUUUACUCUUGCGGGCGAUCCAACCUACCCAGUUACAUACUAUGUGCAGAAGGGAUUCCAGGGGGUUCCGACGCUGGAUAUGGACAUAAAGUACACCUGCUGA